CUGAUUUGCUUACCCGUCUCCAUUUUCCUCAAAGAAGCGUCACCAGCUGUGAUUACAGUUUGGGAAGUGAACCAAACUCUUUGUCUCCUCGUAGUGAUGGAUUCAGCUUGACUGAUAUUGUGGAAAGAGAAUCAAGCGCUCCCUUCACAAAAUCAGUAUUUCCUAUGACCACAGAUUUGAUUGUUGGCAGACCCGGUGCUUCUGCAACUCCUGUGAAACUGGAAUCAGAUAUUGUGGACAAAGAGACACACUCCACACAGACUAUGGCGACAUCUACUAUGACCACAGGUAGGACUGUUAGCAGGCUCCAUGCCUCCACACCUAUAACUCCGACCAAACAAAUGUUAGGUCAGAAUGUUGGAUCCAGCAACACUGGUAGUUUCAUCUCUACUUCUAUCACACCAGUGAAACCAACAUCAGAAACAUGGACAUGGAACUUGGUAGUAGUUGCAGCGUGUCUUGGAGGUGUCAUCUUACUGGGCCUAGCACUUCUCUUUACCAAAAGAAAAACUGAUAUUGUGGAAAGAGAAUCAAGCGCUCCCUUCACAAAAUCAGUAUUUCCUAUGACCACAGAUUUGAUUGUUGGCAGACCCGGUGCUUCUGCAACUCCUGUGAAACUGGAAUCAGAUAUUGUGGACAAAGAGACACACUCCACACAGACUAUGGCGACAUCUGCUAUGACCACAGGUCAGAAUGUUGGAUCCAGCAACACUGGUAGUUUCAUCUCUACUUCUAUCACACCAGUGAAACCAACAUCAGUUGGUCAGACACCUCAUAAAUCUAGCACUAAAGCUAGCUUGCUCCAUGUAACCCCAAUUGAUCCACCAACAGCAGAAACAUGGACAUGGAACUUGGUAGUAGUUGCAGCGUGUCUUGGAGGUCUCAUCUUACUGGGCCUAGCACUUCUCUUUACCAAAAGAAGAACUGAAAGAUGUUCUAGCAAAAGGACACAAGCUGAUGCCACUGAUGACUUAAUGUGCAUGAGAGAGCUUAACCAUGGAGGAUCGUUACCUGCCGGUAAUGAUGAAGCGUACAGUGUGAUUACCUCAGUACCUGCUGCUGACUGUCCUACUGGUUUGGAUAAAUCGAAAAUGCAAGAGUCUCAAAAUGAAGACUCUGACAUAUACCAUGUGUACUCCACCAUCUCUGAGGAGCCACCUCCAUCAGCCCUGAAGGACAUGGUGUACAGCACCCAUGUAACCUAUGAUCUAGGGAGGAAAAUUGAUGUAUCUGCCAUGAAUGAACACAUUCUUAGCUGGAUGGCUUCUUAUCUGUCAGAGAGGGACCAGCAGGUUGGGAAGGGUGUUACUUCUCUGAGCCUUUGCCCGUCACUUGCGGAGUGCCACAAGGCAGUGUCCUGA